AACCCUAUAUAUACUAUACAUACACUCCCUUCACCCAACCACAGUCUCGUUAACUCCGAAGAAUCUCACCGGCGUUUCUAUUAUCAUUUCAUAUGUUUUUUUCAUAGGCUCUUUUUCAUAUUCAAAUCCUGUAACCUAUCCCUGUUCUUCUGAACCCCUCUGUUGUUAUCGUUGUUUCUAUUGCGUUCAUGUAAUCAAAUAAUAAAUUUGAACACAGAAACUAUUGAGAUGACGACGAAGCGAUUCAGUAUCGGUUACGCGUUGCUACUGAAGAAACAGAAGAGUUUUAUCCAAGAUUCUCUGGUGAAUUUAGCGAAAUCACGGGGUAUCGAUCUCGUUAAAAUCGACACCGAGAAGCCGUUAGUGGAUCAAGGCCCAUUCGAUUGCGUGCUCCACAAGUUAUACGGUGAAGAAUGGAGAAAACAGCUUCAAGAUUACUUAAUUCUCAACCCUAACGCGAUUGUAGUCGAUUUUCCGGAAGCAAUCGAACGGUUACACAAUCGGAUUUCGAUGCUGGAUGUAGUAUCAGAAAUUGAAGAAUUGGAUAAUGAUUUGAGAGACGGUGAAACGGCGUCGUUUGGGAUACCGAAGCAGGUUGUGGUAUACGAGCCGGAGAAGUUGAGUAUUAAUGAAACGGCGUCGUUUGGUGAGGGUUUGAACUUGAAGUUUCCGGUGAUUGCGAAACCGUUGGUGGCUGACGGUAGUGCGAAAUCGCAUAAGAUGUUGUUGGUAUUUAGUAAUGAGGGUUUCGAGAAGCUGAAAAGCCCUACUGUUGUGCAGGAGUUUGUGAAUCAUGGUGGGGUGAUUUUUAAGGUGUAUGUGGUUGGGAAGUAUGUCAAAUGUGUGAAGCGGAAGUCGUUGCCGGAUAUCGAUGAGGAGAAGUUAGAUUGUUUGGGUGGUUCGUUGUCGUUUUCGCAGGUGUCGAAUUUGACUUCGGAUGAGAGGAAUGAUGAUAGGUAUUAUAAGAUGUUGGAUUUGGAGGACGCGGCAAUGCCGCCGAUGAGUUUGAUUGUUAAUAUUGCGCGCGGGUUGCGAAAGGCGAUGAAGCUGCAUUUGUUUAACUUUGAUGUUAUUCGGGACACCAAGGUUGGGAAUCGGUACCUUGUUAUUGAUAUUAACUACUUUCCAGGGUAUGCUAAGAUGCCCGGGUAUGAAUCUGUGAUGACGGAUUUCUUUUGGGAUGUUUUGAACAAGAAAGAAGCGAGAUUGUUCAACUGCGAAAAAGAGGUAAUGAAGUUGGUGGAUAGCAACGGUGAAUGUGGUGAGGAUACAGAGUCUCAUAAUGUUUCUUCUGCUUAGAGGAAAGGCGGAUAUGAAGGGGUACCCGAAGGGGUGUGGUAAUGCGUGUGGAGGUCGAAGACGGAGGUCGGUUUUGAUAAACUGAAAGCAGGUUCUGGAUAGUUGGUCAAAGGGAGCUGUUGCUGUGGGCAUUUGGUUUUAGAUAGUUGUUAGUACAGGGUUAUGAAUAGGACUCUUUACUUUCACUUUCGACGCCCUGUGACGUUUGCAUUGGAGACAGGUAAUUUUAAAUUUCUCCUAAAGUUUGUAGGAAGGUUAAGUUUCUCUUUACAGGGCAUGUUAGGGAACUUUUAUAUCAUUCGCUACUUUACAUCGACUGCUUGGCAGCUUGAUCAAUGAAUUUUUGCCUUUUGAUGAUGAUAAAUUGGUGUUUCUAUUA